CUUCCACUGAGGACCUUCAAUCUGAGAUUUUGCCAUGGGUGCCAUGAGACUCUGCUUCCCGCUCUUCUGCCUCUUCUUGGCGAGCGUCUCUUCUUUGAGAAAACUUAACAAUAUUCAUGACUUGAAAAACAUUACAUAUGCCAAGUCUGCGCCACGUCAUGGACUCCAUUUAUUGUUCUGGUUUGCCCAAAAAGUCUUGACUGUUGAUCAGAACAACAUGCUCAUCCUUGAUUCGAAUUUUGAUCCUAGUAGAGGUGACUUUGGAUUCCAUGGUUAUGGCAAUAGAGAGGACAUUCUCCCCUCAUUGAGCUCUUGGCAGAGUUACUAUUCGGUUGGCAAUUUAAAAUCUCCCGGAGCCAAUGCAUUGCCAGCCUAUGUGCGGAAGUAUUACAGAAACACCAAUGUGCCAGAAAGAAACAUGGACAGGCUCAUUAUCUCUGUGAAACAAAAUAGGCCAAACAAGAUACUCAGCGUGUUUAUUACAGCACAUGACCUUCACAAGAAUGACUUUAAUCCUUCGGACACUUAUGAGAUUGAUCCUGCUCUGCUCUUGCAGAUUGGAGACCCGUACAACUGCACUGUGGAUGAGAGCAAUAUUUCUGGUUUUUACACAAUAGCACGCAAUACAGAAGACACGGAAUAUGACAGAUGCCUACAGUUUCUGACAGAGACAGGAUAUAGCAGCAAUGACUGUAAACACAGUCAUACCAGCCGCAGAAAGAAACGCUCACCCUAUUUGCAAUGUAAUGCAUAUGAAGGAAUUAAACUAGAGAUAAAAGCAACUACAGAGGGUUUCUCAAAACUCCUUUGGGAGAUACCUGCUAAAAUGACGGAAAAUUCCAAAUACGUAUACAUUGAAAUUUGCCAAAACACUCGUUCCAGUGAAACUAAUGAAGUUCAUACGCAGGUCAGGAACCAGUUGGAUAUUUAUGAAUCGUCUGGGGCUUUAGAUACUUCUCUCUCCAUGAAUGCUGGUCUCCAACCUCGACUGCGACUGUACCCAUCACUUUUUGAUUUUCAAUUUACUAAUCCAUACAUUUGGUAUGGACCAGAGUUUGAUGGAGCCAACAGAGUGAUUCCCAUUCGAAUAAAGGGGUUUGAUGCAAGUCUGCAGCUCUAUACUGAAGACGGAAAAGCCUGCGCUCGACUCUACAUCAAGAAAACCUUUAGCAACUGGAAAAAUGUUUUUUCCCACUCAUGGGUGGGGUUUUACAAAAGUUCACAAGAUAAAAAUGAUGCCUAUUCAGCAUAUCAGUAUGCUGAUAAGUUUUCAAAGAUUGAAAACUAUAUCACACACAAUUAUGAUAUUUACCAGUACAGUUCCAGUUUAGCUAUUGCUCCUGGAGUUCUAAUCCGUUUUCUGCUGGACAAAAAAUAUGACAAUGUUUUAGCAGAAACUGUGCCCUGGGAGGGUGUUGAAACAGUGACAAUAUUUCUAUCAGAUUGUGGCACACAAAGUCUUCAAGCUAAACUCUCAUCAAACGUUCCAGAAUUCUUUUAUGGACCAGAGUAUGAUGAUGUUGGUCUGCAGCUCUACACUGAAGACGGUAAAGCUUGUGCUCGACUUUAUAUCAAGAAGACCUUCACAGACUGGAAAGAUAUCUUUUACUACUCAUGGGUGGGGUUUUACACUAGUUCACAAGAGAAAAAUGAUGACUAUUACACGUAUCACUAUGUUGUGAAGUUUGAAAAGAUGGAGGUUGGUAAUGAGAAUUAUGAUAUUUAUCAGUACAAAUCCAAACUGGCUAUUGCGCCCGGAGUACAGAUCCGUUUCCUGAAAGACAAAGGUUCUGAUAAUGUAUUAGUGAAAACUGAGCCCUGGAAGAAUGGUUAAUGAAUCCAUAUAAGCUUUAAAGUAGGAUAAUGUUACACUAACAGUAAAAAUUCCUAUUAACUUUGACUUUAAUGAGUCUUUACUAAUAUACAUCAACAUCUGUAACAAUCUGCUGUCCAUGUCCUGAUAAGAAUGAUCAAUAACACAUUGUUCUAACAUGUCAUGCACUGUUAAUUACAGAUCUCUCUAAUACUUAUAUCUUUAUUUGUUUUUAACAAACACUUAUUCUAGAUAAGAUAAUCUCUU